GGUGGAAAAGUAUAGGCCUUCCAAAUUAGACGAUCUAAUAUCACACGAGGAAAUAAUUUCCACAAUUAAUCGUUUUAUCGAACAAAAGCAGCUGCCACAUUUGCUCUUCUAUGGCCCACCUGGCACUGGUAAGACCAGCACAAUUCUCGCCUGCGCUAAGCAACUCUAUAAUCCAGCACAAUUUAGGUCAAUGGUACUGGAAUUGAAUGCUUCAGAUGAUCGUGGUAUUGGAAUUGUGCGUGGGCAAAUUUUGAACUUUGCAUCAACUCGCACCAUCUUCAGCGGCACCUUCAAAUUAAUUAUUUUGGAUGAAGCUGAUGCUAUGACGAAUGAUGCACAAAAUGCGCUACGUCGUAUAAUUGAAAAGUAUACGGAGAAUGUGCGAUUUUGUAUUAUUUGCAAUUAUCUUAGCAAAAUUAUACCAGCGUUGCAGUCGCGUUGUACGCGUUUCCGAUUUGCGCCACUGGCACCCGAGCAAAUACUACCACGUCUGGAUAAGAUUAUUGAGCAGGAGAAACUCAACGUCACCGAAGAUGGCAAGAAAGCAUUGAUGACACUUUCCAAAGGUGACAUGCGGAAGGUGCUAAAUGUGCUGCAAAGUACCUCAAUGGCAUUCGAUGUCGUUAAUGAAGACAAUGUAUACACAUGUGUAGGUCAUCCAUUACGCAGUGAUAUAGAGCGUACAUUGCAAACUUUACUUUCAACAGAGGGUUUCGAGGAAGCUUAUGAUGAAAUACACCGCAUAAAAUCUGUGCGCGGACUAGCAUUGAGUGAUAUUCUGACAGAAUUGCAUUUAUUUGUUAUGCGCUUGGAGAUACCCCCGGGCGUUAUGAACAAGUUAGUUAUAAAAAUGGCCAGUAUUGAGGAACGUUUGGCAAAAGGUUGCACUGAAGCGCCGCAGACAACUGCACUGAUUUCAGCUUUCUUUAUCUGUCGCGACAUGGUAUCGUUGGAGAGUUAAAAUUUGCGACAGUCAAUAUUUGUUAUUUUCGAAAAACGAAGUUAUAUUUUUAAGUUAUACCAACGUUUUGUUAUAUACGUAGCAAUUCGAUUGCUUUAUUUAAGAAUAGCAUGAGCUCCCAAGCCACUAUAUUCGUAACUUCCGUAAUAAAACAGCCAAACAGUAAUCACAUUGCUACAGAUGAA